CUGAAAAUCAACAAGAAAACCGAAUCUCAAAGCGGGUUUCACUGUUCUCACCUCCUCCGUUGAAAAGAGGUGGAAGAGCAACGGUGAUGGUCGGAGUGGCGCUGCGAGCGAACCCAUGAAGAGCGGCGACGGCGCGGGAGGCCGGAGAGAAAUCGCCGGAGGGAGUAGCAGUGGGAGCUCUAAUCUCGAGUCGCGCUUCAACCAGACACUAAGGAACGUUCAAGGGUUACUUAAAGGCCGAACUUUUCCUGGCAAGGUUUUGCUAACGCGAAAAUUUGAACCUCCAAAUGUGUGUACUUCACCUGAACACACUGAAGAAUUUGAAAGAAGCCACUCAGAAAAUGACUUGAACCAAAGUGAUUGGGUAGAGAUUUCUUCAGAGGUGGAGUUUCAACAUUCAAGCAACACAAAAACCAAUGCAAGUCUUCUAAAAUCUAAAUCAACACCUUCAAAGAUUGGUAGUAUGUCCCCAGAUGCUCAGAAAUCAGUUUCUGGAGCUAGAGCUACAGACUCGGCAAGAAUUGCAAAAUUUACAAAGGAAUUAUCUGGAACAUCUGUCAUAAUGGAAAAAUUGCGUGAAUUAGCUUGGAGUGGUGUACCACCAUAUAUGCGCCCUAACAUUUGGAGACUUCUUUUGGGGUAUGCAUCACCUAAUUCAGAUAGACGGGAGGGAGCUUUGAGAAGGAAACGGCUGGAAUAUGUUGACUGUGUCUCACAAUAUUAUGAUAUUCCUGAAACAGAACGUUCUGAAGAUGAGAUCAACAUGCUACGCCAGAUUGCUGUUGAUUGUCCAAGGACUGUGCCUGAUGUUGCUUUCUUCCAGCAGGAACAAGUUCAGAAAUCUCUGGAGCGUGUUCUUUAUACAUGGGCUAUUCGUCAUCCAGCAAGUGGAUAUGUUCAAGGCAUAAAUGACCUUGUCACACCUUUUAUGAUAGUGUUUUUGUCAGAGUAUCUACAGGGAAGCAUGGAGAAUUGGUUAAUUUCUGACUUAUCUCCAGAAAAGAUCUCUGAUGUGGAAGCCGACUGCUAUUGGUGUCUCUCAAAACUUCUUGAUGGCAUGCAAGAUCACUACACAUUUGCUCAACCAGGAAUUCAACGACUUGUCUUCAAACUGAAAGAGCUUGUUCGGCGGAUAGAUGAACCGGUAUCCAGACACAUGGAGGAGCAAGGGCUAGAUUUUCUCCAGUUUGCUUUUCGAUGGUUCAAUUGCCUCUUGAUUCGUGAGAUCCCUUUCUGUCUGGUUACACGCUUAUGGGAUACUUAUCUGGCCGAAGGUGAUUCCCUUCCUGAUUUCCUUGUCUACAUAGCUGCCAGUUUUCUACUGACGUGGUCCGAUAUGCUUCUAAAACUUGAAUUCCAAGAGAUGGUCAUGUUCCUUCAACACUUACCAACCCAGAACUGGACACACCAUGAAUUGGAGAUGGUUCUAUCAAGAGCAUUCAUGUGGCAUGCCAUGUUUGAUAGAUCUCCAAGUCAUCUAGCCAGCUAGCUCAGCACAACCAAACCAUCUUUAAAUUCUGGUUUGUCCUCUCUCUCUUUUGCUUUCAGUUUUCAAAUCUGGUUUUUCUUGGGAGUUAUAAUAAGUCUAUUUGCUAAGAUAUGUGCUUUCUUUGCCUGUGUUAUAAGAUUUGUAUCUAUCUUUCAAACCUUCUAAAAUUGUUAAGAUAUGUGUGCU